AUGGACCCUGAGCGACACUCCGAUCCACGUCGCUAUGACCUAGAUUGCCAUGCUUUCCGACGAUUCAAUCUUGGCAAGAUGCUCAAGGCAAGUCCAGGCAGAUCGGUCGACGCAAAGACAUGUGUAGCUACCCGACAGGAUGGUUUUCAACAUAGCGCCGAGAUGCAUGCAGAGAAGACAAUGAGAUAUCCGCCGACCGGCUUCGUCCAGACGAAGUGUGUAGAUCCUGGAGAAAUACCAACCUAG